ACACGCUGCAGCUGUUUGACUGGCGGCACCUGUGCGAAAUGUUCCUUCUCAUCCCACGACAUCCUCCACGCAUUGCACAGCCUAACCACGGGAAAACUCGAGCCGGAAAACGCGAAGGUGCACUGACCUGAGCCAACCGACCGACAGAGUCCAUUCCACUCGUUGCCUUCUGCCAUUCGUUUCAUACAUACACUCUUUUACUAGCCAAAAGCCACCAUGCCUAACGCUGUCGGAAUCGCCAUAGGCGUAUCGAUUGGCUUCAUUGCCGUUUUGACCAUAGUAUCUGGCAUCGUCCUGCACCGCCGGCGCCGAAAUCCUCAUGUUAUUGCAUCUGAGCCCCGCAAGGAAGUCCGGCGGAGCACGAUCCUAGAACUUAGCCAUCCAGCGUGCCGCGUCACGCCUUUUGGGUCACCAGAGGAAGAUACACCGCGAUUUAUGCAUACGCCUGGCGCGAACAUGCGCGUCGCGCACCGGCGGUCUGACGGCGGGUGGGAGUUCACCGAAAUUCAGCCGGAUAGCGCGUCGAUGUUGGAUUUUUCGCCAUCGCGGGUGUCCCUCUCCGCGCACUCCACAUUUAGUUUUCCUUCUAAGGACAAGUUGAAGUUGAAGCCAGGGGAACUCACGACUCAGGGAUACGUCGAGCGAGAGCUUGACGUCGACGUGGAAGAGAACCCGCCUCCUGCCUAUUCCCAGACAGAGGAGUCCUUCCUCAGUCACGUUGCGUAGAGGUCCGUAACUUCUCCGAAGCCAGUGAGACAGAGUU